UUGAGUAGUCCAACCAUAAUUCACUGCACAUCUUAUUUCCCCUAAUGUUAACUAGAAAAAAAUAUUUGUCUUGUAGCAUUUUCUACCUAUUCUGUUUUUUCUCUAUAAUCUGUCUGAAAUGGUGAUAGACAAUGUGACAAUGACAGUCUUUGAUGACAGUGACAAUUGACAAAAUGGUGUUAUAAAUUAUUAAAUUAUGAUAUCGAAACGGCGCUUAUGGUACUUAUAACGCAUAAUUUUGUGUAAUGUAAAAUGUUAGUACUUUAAUAUAAACAGAUACAAACGAACAUAAUUUGUGAUAAAUAUGGACGACUUUACGGUGCCUUUGAACUUGGAGCCGCUGCAGCAGAAUGGAUUCAGUGACAGGAGAUUAUGGAUUGGAAAUCUCGAUCUCAGAGUUAAUGAGUAUCAAUUACUGAAAAUGGUCCGCGUGUACGGAAACAUCGAGAAGUUUGAUAUGCUUUUUCACCGGAGUGGGCCUAAUGCAGGCCAGCCACGAGGCUUCGCGUUUGUUACUUAUAAGCUAAGGAAGGAUGCCAUUACCGCUAUGAACUCACUAAGUGGUCAGCUAUUAGGUUCGAAAAGGAUAUGUGUGAAAUUUGCAAAGACUACAACUGAUGAUCAAGAUAAACCAAAGCCAGAAUUAGGCAUACCAGCUCUGGCCGAAUUGUGA